AUGGCGACCCUUCCCCCGGAGCUCAUCGACGCCAUCGUGGAUGAAACUCAGAAUGAUGAAACCGCCAAGCCGUGGGAACGGUGGAGGUCUCUUUUGGCGUGCAGUCUGGCUAACAGGUCUUUUGUUCCAAGGGCGAGGAAGUACCUUUUCCGGAGCCUUAUUCUGACCACAGGCAAGCGAUGCCACGAGUUCUAUGGUAUCUGCCAGUCCUGCCCCGUUGAUAUCCCUUCCCUGGUCGAAUCACUCUGUAUCGACAACGAACGUUUGGAUAGUGUGGAUUCAGACGAUACGUUUCCCCACCUCAUCUCAUCGUUCGUCAACAUGAAGAGCAUCCAUUUACGCUGCUUCGAGUGGGACGAUGUCAAAGACACGGCUCGGCAGGCAUUAGCCUCUCACGCGUUCCAUUCCAUCAGUUUCGAUGUCUGCCAAUUCGCAAACUCGGCAUUGUUGUGCUCGUUCAUCUCUGGAUCUGCGGGUACCCUUCGGCAUCUGUCAUUUGCGAGAUGUGAUGUUGACGGGUCAUCACCAACCUUUUGUUGGGGCGAAGCCUGCGAUCGAGCGUUUGAUUGUCUACGGGCGGGGAAAGGAGGCGUUCUCGAUAUCUGCAUAGAUACACGGGAGGACAUCCCUUGUGUCCAAGCAUUCCUGGAUAGGACUACCGUUCCGCCCAAUGAACUGAAGAUUUCCCACUUGCGGAGAAGCCGCUUCACAAAUCUCCUCGGCAGCGAUUGGAUAGCCUUGCCCCUCCGAUUGGGUAGUGUACGCUCUGUUACCAUCGUCAUGGAUGACUGCCCCGACCGCCAUCAGGCCAAUUUUCUUGUUUUUUUUUGGUGGAUCAGCAAUUUCAGGCUUUGUAGACCUGGCUGUGGACUCGAACGAGUUAAGUUUUCCGUUGGGCGGCUUGCAGUUCACCCGUGGAAAGACUUAGACGAUUCUCUGGCUGCGGUGAAGUCGCUUCGUUUCUUUGAAGUGGAGGUUGUAUUGUUGGAUGGUCAGCAUGUGGAUGAGUUAAUUGCGGUUAAAGUCGAAAUACAGCACCAACUUCCAAGAUUGAUCAUGCGGAACGUGGCCCAGGUUCGGCUAUGUGAGCCUAGCUCUCCAAUGGUGCUUCGAGGGGUACACGGUGUCCUAGGACCUUUCUCGUCUUCCGAACAAUAA